AUGAGGAAUGAACAGCAAGUAUUGACUCCAAAUGAAGCAUUUUUCGAGGUCAUUCCUUUCAACAUAUGUGAAAAGCUACUCGAUGAUAAUGAGGCAAGUUUCGUCGGAAGAAAUAUGUGUAGUGUGAGCAGAAAACAGAAACAGAUUAGUUCAUUAAUAGAUUUGAAAAGCAAACAAUACUUCAAUCUUCUCAAGGUAAAACAUAAAACCGUCGAACGGAUUAAAACAGGAGCACGGAAAACAAACCAUUAUAUAUGGCAAUGUGUUGCUGAAGACAUUAUUCUUGUU